CAAUCUGAUUUCACCGAUGGUCUGUUUUGUCCGAAAUGUAUUAAUAUUUAGUGGUGCUGAGAUAACGUUUAGUAUUUGGGAUACACGGGGACAUAAAUAUAAACCUUUUCAGUCUCUGAAGAUAAACAGUGUAGCACUAGUAGGAUUUGUCUCUAUUGCACGGCGACUGAAUAAAAAGAAAAACGUUCCGGUUUGGGAAAAAUGCAUCAACAAAAAAAAAAACCCGCACAGUCGUCCACAUAUCACUGCAGGUCAGGCGUCUGCCGCUAGAGGCCGCUGCUCUAACUUCAUGGCUUUUGUCUCUCGUCGGUUUCCGGUGUGAAGUAAAGACUUCCGGUUGUUCAGUGUGCAGCGCGCGCAGCUCUGAGCGGUUCUCCGUGACGGGUUCGGUUCAGUUCGUUCGGGAUGUCGUCGCUGCACCCCGGUGACCCGCAGCUCGUGUCGAUGAUCGUGAAUCACCUGAAGACGGAGGGAUUAUUCGACCAGUUCCGUCGAGACUGUAUGGCUGAUGUAGACACGAAGCCGGCGUAUUUACACUUACGACAGCGAGUGGACAACUUCGUGUCUAAUCAUUUGUCAAACCACACAUGGAGUCCACAACUGAACAAGAACCAGCUGAGAAACAGCAUCAGACAGCUGGUCCUGCAGUCGGGGAUGUUGGAGCAGGGAGUGGACAGAAUCGUGGCACAAGUUGUUGACCCAAAGGUCCAUCACACAUUUCGUCCGCAGGUGGAGCGAGUCGUCCGAAGGUUUCUGUCUCCCAACAGCAGCGUGGAAGAGGACGAGCCCCCACCUGCGGCUCCUCCUCCCCCCACAGACAACCAGCCGACUCCAGAGGACAUCACUGAUGCUGCUGGAAGCUCCUCCACUGACGUUCAGAACCCCGACACCAGCAGCUGUGACCCCACACUGGAGCAGAAAGAGGAGGAGAUGGACAUCAGUCUCCCUGAGGAGGAGGAGGAGCACACUGCUGUGAAGGAGGAGGUGCCUGAGGAGAAAGAGGAGGAGAUGGAGACUGAGGAGGUGAAGCAGGAGGAGCAGGGAGACGCAGGGAAAGAGAUCGGCAGUAAAUCAUCAGUGAAGAUCAAAGAGGAGAGCAGAGAAACUGACUCCCAGAAACCCUCCAGUGUGAAACAGAAGACCAGAGAAAGACUGAGAGAGGAAUACUCUCUGGAGGAUUCAGAUCUGGACGGUCUCAGUGACAUCACAGUGAGUUCUGUUCACACCAGCGAUCUGUCUUCUUUUGAGGGCGAAAGUGAUGAUGAUUCGCCGCUGUCAGAGUCCACAGAGGAGGGAGAGCUCAGCUCAGAGGGUGAGGGAGGACAGAAGACGCCCGGCGGUGAAGACUCUGAAGGCAGCAGAGAGAAGAAACCCCGCGGUGUGAGGCAGGGCUACAUACACAAACCCUUCCUGUACUCCCGUUACUAUAGCGACUCUGAUGAUGAGGUCACUGUGGAGCAGCGCCGGCGCUCGGUGGCCAGAGAGAAAGAAGAGAGACUGUUAAAACGCCAACAGAACCGAGAACGUCUGGAGGAGAAACGCAGACACAGAGCAGCUCAGACAGAAGAGCAGGAUCGGAGGAAACAAGCAUCUGUCUCCGCUGAUCAGACCCCUCAGCGGCCGCGGGCCAAAGAAGCUCGAAAAGAACAGAAAGUUCUGGAGAAGAAAGUGGCUCUCAGCAGACUGAGAAAGAGAGAUUUCAGAAAAGAUGAAGAAAGAAAGAAAAAUGAUUCCGAUGGAGAUUCAGGCAACAAAGAUGGGAAGACGGCGUGUCUGAAGUCCUCAAGACGGACGUCUGAUCUGGAAGAGCAGCGCAUAAAGAAAACAGACAGUACCAGCGAAGAGAAAGUGGCAGAUAAAAACCGCGUCCACUCCUUCAUCCUGGACCUGGAGCUUGGCACAGUACAAGGUCAGCGUCAGAGAACGGCCAGCAAAUCUGAGCGCAACCUUUGGAAAGACGCACACGGCAAAGAAAAAGAACGCAAGGAGAGAGAGCGCGUCUCUGAUGAUCGUCUCAAACACAAACUGAAGACGGAGAGCAGGAGGGGUGCAGAGACUACGACUCCAGAUGAGAAAGACGAGAAGAAGAGUGCGAAGGUCAAGGCUGACAGAAAGACAUCGGUGUCCUCCAGAGAACACAAGACGUCUGUCUCUGACGCCGCAGACGAGGGCAAUCUGAAGAAAGCGAAGACGGACGUGCUCAAAGAUAAAGAGAAAGCAAAGGCAGAGAAGACCAGCGGCAAGAGUGAGUCGAAGCCGCUCCGCCAUCUGGAUUCCACAGGCUCAUCUGAGGAAAGAUCAGAGGUGGAGGCGGGGUCAGAGGUCAGCCGGAGGAAAGACAAGCAACCCAGAGACCCACUGAAGAGGUCAAAGAGUCAAUCAGAGGUCAAACCUGCAGACAAGCUCAAGGUGAGGGCGGACAGAAAAGACUCCUUGACGGGAGAACGAGAGAAAAAUCUGCAGAAAUCCGGCUCAGAGACAGACGGCGAGACGCGGAAGGCAGAAGUGGGGCCGAAGGUCAAGUCCCUGUCAGAGAAACACCGAUCCAAAUCCAGAGAGGACCUGAAAUCCCAGAAACCUGACAAGAAGGACACCAAGAGCAGAGUGGAAAAGAAAAGUACAGAAGAGCCUCAGAAGACCAAAGAGACGAAGACUGCGAAGAAGAAGGUGAGGAAAGAUUCUGAGAGCAAACAGAGUUCAGACAGCCCCACACCAGCUGACGGAACAGAACCCUCCACCGUCUCCAGCGCCGAUGACCCGUACGCCGCUCUGAGUGAUGUCACACCUGAGUCAGACGCUGAGGAGCCGCGCUCCGUAUCAGGAGAGGCCGACGCCCUCUUGAGUCUGAUGACAGCGGCGAGUGACAUCAAAGAGCAGGAAACUGAGGCUGAUCUGAAGAUGAAGGAAGCGGCGCUCACGCUGCUCUCAAUGGAUCCUGACACUGCGCGCCCAACAGACGUCAUGGUUGCUAUGGAUUUGACCUCUGACCUGGCGUCUGGGGGUGAAACUCCGCCUCUGGGCCGUGAGUCAGGAUUCUGCAAACCUGAGAAAGAGAAGGAGAUGUGUGUGUCUGCCAGCGGCCCCGUCGUUCUAGAGCAGGAUGAACAACAGCAUGACACAGCUUCAUCUGCCUCCGCUGGGGAGCCCAUAGAGCAUUUCAGAACAAAAGAGGUGACAUCACAGGCUGAUGAUGAGGAAAGACGAGAAACAGACGAUGAGAGAAAUGCACAGAUUCUCCCUGCAGACACAGUUGAGUCUGCGCAGACCAACACGACAGACGCAGACAAGCCUGCAAAAUCAUUGACUGCAGAUGAAACAGAGCCUGUGCAGACACUCGCUGAAGACAAAACAGAACAUCAACCUUCAUUAACUACAGACCCAGUCAAGCCUGCACAGAUUCUAACUGAUAUGAUAACUGAACCUGUGCAGACGCUUACUAAAAAACGAACUGAACAGACUGCAGACACAGCUGAGCCUGCGCAGACGCCUACUGAAGAUAUGACAAAGCCUGCACUGUCCCUGCUUGCAGACACAACAGAGCCUGUACAGGCCCUCACUGAAGAGAUAACAGAACCGGCUCAGUCCCCUAUCACAGCAGCAACCGACUCAACUGAACAAGUGCAGACUAUCACUGCAGACGCAGCUGAACCCUCACAGACCGCCAGUGCAGACGCAGCUGAACCCUCACAGAAUGCCGCUGCAGACUCAGCUGAAACUUCACAGACCGCCCCUGCAGACGCAGCUGAGACCUCAAAGACCACUAUUGCAGACGCAGGUGAACCUGUGCAGACAGUCUCUGCCGACGCAGCUGAACCGUCACAGACCAUCACUGCAGACGUAGAUGAACCUACGCAGAUCGUCACUGCAGACACAACUGAAUCCUCACAUACAAUCACUGUAGUCGCAGGUGAACCUGCACAUACUGUCACUGAUUCCUCACAGACCGUCACUGCAGACGCAGUUGAACCUGCGCAGACCGUCACUGCAGACGCAGUUGAACCUGCGCAGACCGCCACUGAUUCCUCACAGACCGUCACUGCAGACGCAGUUGAACCUGCGCAGACCGUCACUGAUUCCUCACAGACCAUCACUGCAGACGCAGUUGAACCUGCGCAGACCGUCACUGAUUCCUCACAGACCGUCACUGCAGACGCAGUUGAACCUGCGCAGACCAUCACUGAUUCCUCACAGACCGUCACUGCAGACGCAGUUGAACCUGCGCAGCCCGUCACUGACUCCUCACAGACCAUCACUGCAGACGCAGUUGAAUCUGCGCAGACCGUCACAGAUUCCUCACAGACCGUCACUGCAGACGCAGUUGAACCUGCGCAGACGGGCAUUUCGGACAGCUCAGAUGAACAGGACAGGCUGAUGUCAGACGUCUCAGAGAAGGAGCAGACAGACAGCGCAGCCGCAUGCAGGGAAGGAUCAUCUGCUCAGAAGACAAACAAAGAGUGUACUGAUGAAGAUGAAGAAGAUGAAGAUUCAGGAGUGAGCAGAACUCCACGCAGAGGAAGAUCCUCCCGACUGUCUGACGCACCGCAGCGAGACACACCGUCCUCUUCACAGCCAAAAGAGGCGGAGUCUGUAGGAGAGGAGGAGCCACAGGAGCAGGGUCGCAGGAGUAGACGCUCCGCAGCACAGAUCAAAGACUCGUCUGCAGUGAAGCCUGUAAUGAAACGCAGGAGAUCAGACGAGAUCUCAGCUUCUGCUACAGACUUUGCAGCAGAUGAGAUUGAGGAAGAGCCAAAAAAAUCUGCCAAACAGAGACGAGAUGGAGGAAGUACAUCUGAAGAUCAGGAAGUGAUGAAAGUGAGUGAUGAAGAGGAAGAGAGGAAAGAUGAGGAAGAUGUGUCUGAAGCUCAGAGGAAGCCCCCCCGACGAGGACGAGCCAGCAAAACCUCCUGCCCUACAGACGACUCCGAUCCUGGAGCAGCUGAGAGAGGAGAUGCAGGUGAGAAAGAGGACGAUGAAGAGGAGACGACAUCGAGGACAAAGACUCGUGCGGCGUCUCGUCUGGAGGCAGAGAGAAAUAAACCGAGCAAACCGUCCACUCGAGCUCUGAGUAAACUCACCGGGAAAGAAGAGAUCUCUCCGAGCACACGGUCAGUGAGGGGACGAAAGCGGGAGACGAGUCCACCAGUUUCUCGUACUCGUGGAGGACAAAAAUCUGAGGAUCCGCCUUCAAAAAAAGUAAAGCGAUGAGUCCAGUCAUAUCAAAUUCACACUAACUGGUGUUGUUAAGGUCAGAGGACAUGUGACGUCAGGGAGCAGCUGAAGUUCUGAUGUUCUGAGAGUCUGUGUGUGUACAUACAAGACCUUUCAAUGCUGAUGUUAGUUCAUUAAAGACACAAAGUGUUGUGUUAUGACAGUGUUGUUUGUAAGAUCAGAACAGGCAGAUAGUUUUAUACAGUAGUGCUGCGCUGUCAGGUGUGUGCGUGCGUGCGUGCGUGCGUGCGUGUGUGUAUGUGUGUGAGAUGCUCAUUCUGUGAAUGUCAUGAGAAAUAAUUUUUUUUUUUAUAUUUUAACCUUUUACUAUAAAUUCAAAAAUUGAUCCUGAAGCUGAUUCUUGUUUUUUUUUCAUUAAGGCCAUUAAAAAAUGUUUCUGUGCUUUGGGAAUUUUUCCAAAAUAUAACCUAAUUAAAAAAAAUUAAAUAGAAUCUAUCACAUACCCGAAGACACUGCUAUAGUUUCCAGUAAAAGUUUUAAAUCCA